AGAGAGAGAGAGAGAGAAAGAGAAAGAUUGAGAUUUUAGGGAAGAAAUUCGGACUUAACAAGUGAGCGCUGCUGUCUAGGAUUUUCUUCCUUUCCCUUGACUCCCUCCCCCUCUUUUUGCCCCUCUCCCUAUGUGUGGCUCUCCAGUUUCCUCCCAGGCGUCUCUGGGAACGCAGAUCUCUGGAGGCACCUGGACUCCUGGGUCCUUCCAGGGUCUCAUCAUCCUCUCCCUCAGCCGUGAAGAUUCCCGGGCUCCUUAGCCUCUUCCCUCAGUCCCUUCCACCCCCGUCGAUCUGAGAAGGUGCUCGCUGGAUCUGUUUUGGCCCCUCCACCUCCUCCCCCCCCCCCCACCUGAGCGCUCCUCCCUUUUCUCCUGGAUUUCUCUCUACCAUCCAUCCUUGUUGGCUUUUGGCUUGGCAAACUAGGGAGACCCUUUCCCUCCUCAUCCUCGGCUUGGGAACGGUCAAGUGCAACUUCUACAUGGUCUUAGCCAAAGAGUGACUCAUCUCCACCUCCCUGUCUUCUAUGGAGACCUCAGAGUUGAGUCUGACAUUGCAGUGGCCUCUUGUACCCUCUGUUGCUCCUAAAGCCUUUGCCUCUGCCCAUCCUUUGCCCCUGGGCUUGAGACUUUGUUGACGGACUGAUGUGUGGGGGACUUCAAAGUCCUGAGUUUAAGAAAAUUGCUGAGCUUGAGAAGCAAUGGCAGGACCUACAUCACCACACCUGAUGUGGGUUAAGCCCUCACCUGAAGGCAGAUGUUAAAAUUAGAGACAUCUUGUUUUUUUAUUUGAGUUUGAUAGACCAAGUGCUGGACAAUUUCCAUGGCAGGAGAAGAGAAGGCAUUUUCCUGGCGCCAUUGCUGGCUGACUGAUGCUUGCUCCUUCUGAACCUCAAGACUUCCUCAUAGACUGGCUCCCAAACCUUUUCUGUGUUUGGAGUUCCCAGGAAUAAAGAGAUGCUUGGGAAACCCCAGCUUUUCUGACUUAGACUGGAAAGUGCUGCGGUUGGAUUCUCCCCGACCAAGGUCAGUGGCCAACGUGGAAACCAUGCGAGGCAAGAAAUUAGGGAGCAGAUAGGGUGGAAAAUGAAAAGUUGGACUGGAGUUAUCAUUGUUCUUUCAAGAAAUCCAUCUAAGCAACCAGACCUUCCCUGAUCUGGUGAAGGGACAGGAACAAUCCAUUUUCUUAGCACCCUUCUUCUCCUAGGUUCGGCCCUCACAUCCACCCGGCACCAUGGAGGUUGCAAUGGUAAGUGCCGAGAGCUCGGGGUGCAACAGUCACAUGCCUUAUGGAUACGCCGCUCAGGCCCGGGCCAGGGAGAGGGAGCGCCUAGCGCAUUCUAGGGCCGCUGCUGCCGCGGCAGUGGCCGCGGCCACAGCCGCAGUGGAAGGCAGCGGGGGCUCAGGAGGAGGUAGCGGCUCUCAUCACCACCAUCAGAAUCGGGGGGCCUGCUCUUCCCAUGACCCACAGAGCAGCCGGAGCAGCAGAAGGCGGCGGCGGCAGCAGCGGGCUUCGGAGAAGAAGAAAAUCCAUCAUCGCCAAAGCAGCUUUCCUCAUUGCUCGGACCUCAUGCCUAGUGGUUCGGAAGAAAAAAUCCUGAGGGAGCUGAGUGAGGAAGAGGAGGAGGAGGAAGAGGAGGAGGAAGAGGAAGAAGAUGGGAGGUUUUAUUAUAGCGAGGAUGACCAUGGGGAUGAAUGUUCCUACACAGACCUGCUGCCUCAGGAUGAUGGGGGUGGGGGUGGCUACAGUUCUGUUCGCUAUAGUGACUGCUGCGAGAGGGUGGUCAUCAACGUAUCGGGCCUACGCUUCGAGACCCAAAUGAAAACCCUAGCCCAGUUUCCAGAGACCCUACUGGGAGAUCCUGAGAAAAGGACUCAGUAUUUUGACCCUUUACGUAAUGAGUAUUUUUUUGACCGGAAUCGGCCCAGUUUCGAUGCCAUCUUGUAUUACUACCAGUCAGGGGGGCGUCUGAAGAGACCAGUCAACGUUCCUUUUGACAUCUUCACGGAAGAAGUGAAGUUCUACCAGCUGGGAGAGGAGGCCCUCCUCAAAUUUCGGGAAGACGAGGGCUUUGUAAGGGAGGAGGAAGACAAGGCUUUGCCUGAAAAUGAGUUCAAGAAACAGAUCUGGCUGCUCUUCGAAUACCCGGAAAGUUCCAGUCCGGCAAGGGGCAUCGCCAUAGUCUCGGUCCUGGUCAUCUUGAUCUCCAUCGUCAUCUUUUGCCUGGAGACUCUGCCAGAGUUCCGGGACGACAAGGAGCUCAUCAUGGCCAUGAGUGCUGGGGGGCGGGGCCUGUUGCCCAAUGACACCAUGUCUUCACACCUGGAGAACUCCGGACACACGAUCUUCAAUGAUCCCUUUUUCAUAGUGGAGACGGUCUGCAUCAUCUGGUUCUCCUUCGAGUUUGUGGUCCGCUGCUUUGCCUGCCCGAGCCAAGCCCUGUUCUUCAAGAACAUCAUGAACAUCAUUGACAUUGUUUCCAUUUUGCCUUACUUCAUCACCCUGGGCACCGAUCUGGCCCAGCAACAAGGGGGUGGCAAUGGUCAACAGCAGCAGGCCAUGUCCUUUGCCAUCCUGAGGAUCAUUCGCCUGGUCCGGGUGUUCCGGAUCUUCAAGCUCUCCAGACACUCCAAGGGCCUUCAGAUCCUGGGCCACACCCUCAGGGCCAGCAUGCGGGAACUGGGCCUUCUGAUCUUUUUCCUCUUCAUCGGGGUCAUCCUGUUUUCCAGUGCUGUGUACUUUGCCGAAGCAGAUGAGCCUACUACGCAUUUCCAAAGCAUCCCGGAUGCCUUUUGGUGGGCUGUGGUGACCAUGACAACUGUGGGCUAUGGGGACAUGAAGCCCAUCACAGUGGGGGGCAAGAUAGUGGGGUCCCUGUGUGCCAUUGCAGGUGUGUUAACCAUUGCUUUGCCAGUGCCAGUGAUUGUUUCCAACUUUAACUAUUUCUACCACAGAGAGACUGAAAACGAAGAGCAGACGCAGAUGACCCAGAACGCGGUCAGCUGCCCGUAUCUCCCCUCUAACUUGCUGAAGAAAUUCCGGAGUUCAACUUCUUCUUCCUUCGGAGACAAGUCUGAGUAUCUGGAGAUGGAAGAAGGAGUGAAGGAGUCUCUUUGUGCAAAAGAGGAAAAAUGUCAGGGGAAGGGGGACGACAGUGAAACAGAAAAAAAAAACUGCACCAAUGCCAAGACUGUGGAGACUGACGUGUGAUGCUUACCCCCUUCCCAAGUUUCCAAAUCUAUUUAUGCAUAGAGAGUGCAGUGAAGAAGUUGAAAUAUGCAAACGAGUCUAAUGCAUACAGUAGUACACCAUUUAUUGGUUAAAUGAGACCUACUUAUAACUAAACUUGUAUCACAUAUCAAGCAGAUGAUAUACCUUGUAGAAGGGGUUGGGGGCUAAACGAAAGCAAAUUAAUCUUUAUAUUUUUAUUAGAAUGCAAGAGUUUUGCACAUCGGUUGGAAGAAAUGAUUAAAAAAAAAGCCAAGAUCAUUUGACAGGAAGUGUGUGUAUGUAUGUGUGUAUGUGUGAGUGUGUGUGUAUGUGCAUGUGUGCCUGUGAUGUCAACAUUGCUAGUAAUUACUUAAUGAUAGCAGAAAAAAAAGUUGGCAUUGGAAGUAUUUACUAUGUAAGAAUGAAUACAGUCAAAUGGUCAUUUACCAAUGCUUUCAUAGAAUCUCUCAGAAAUCAUUGGAUUCCAUAGUGGUUGUUUUUCCAAAAAUUUAUAUGAAUUGCUGUGUAGACUUAAAGAAGUAAAUUGUCUAACAGAAUAGAGGCCAUGGUUUUAUCCUGGAUUUAUCAGAGUUUAUUUUUAACUGGAAAUUAACUUAAAAAAAAAACAGGCUGUAUGUGCCCACAGAAAUCAAUUAUUUUUAUUAUUAAUUUUGGAAAAGCAUCGGUGGCAGGUGUUGAUAAUGAUCCUGAAGGACAUGAAGUUGGAGGAAAUGUACCGAGGUUGGGACCAUAAAAUAAAGGAACUGGAAUGUUUUUUUUGCACUACUUUUAUGCUGGAGAUCGAUCGAAUGAGAUUUCAAACUGUGAAUGUUUACUAAUGUUACAGUUCAAUGACAAUCAUUGGAAGAAUGAUUUCUGGGUCUUAUUUGAUUGUUCUCCGUUUUUCUUUGUGUGAGACUGUUAGCCACACAGAUAACAGCGUAUUGAUUCCAUCCUCUUUUAAAAGUAUAAAUAACUGUGAUCUGGAAAAAGAAUUGUGAAGUAAAAACUCGCAAUCAAGCCUUUUGAAA